AUGGCAGGCAGCAAGGGAAGCCUUUGUACCAUGAACAAGAUCCGAAAGUUUUUCCGCGGAAGUGGGCGAGUCCUGGCAUUUAUAUUCGUAGCUUCUAUCAUCUGGCUGCUCUUUGACAUGGCAGCUCUCCGCCUCUCAUUCAGUGAGAUCAACACUAGGGUCCUUCUGAAGGAAGACGUAGUCAGAAGGGAAAGGAUAGAGUUCAGAGUCCAGCCUGACCAAAUGAAAAUUCUUUACAGCAGCAGGAGAGAGAGAAAGCCCCCAUUCAGGGGCCACGGGAAAGUGCUAUGGGGCAAAGAGAACUUGAGAAAGACGGAGGAGCAUGGGCUCAAGAUUGAAGAUGAUUUGGACCAAAUCCAGAAGGAAAGACGGAUACAGAAAGCUCCAGGAAGUGUCAAGAUUUCACCUUUGUGGCAUCCUGCACAUCUGCAGACCUUUCCUGUGACUUUUACCAAGCCCAUGACAGAGGUACAUGCCAUCACACCUGAAGCCUAUUCUCGCCCUGUGACCACAAAGCAAAUGAUAGUUCAGGGGGCUCAGAAAACCACAUUCAUAGCAGCCAGAGGAACUCCAUCGCCCCAACUAUCUCUAAACGCAAGGCCUUUUGGUAUAAUCCAGGAGGCCCAGAAGAGACAUAGUCACAGCAGUGACACAUCAAAACAAGCCGCUGAAAGGAACCUGGAUGUGACCAUCAGGUUUAACAGUGAGAGACCAAACCAGAUAUCUCAGGCCAUAGCAAAUGAGAGGACAUUCUCUGCCAGUCCACCAGUGCCAAAAUCUAGGGAAGCCUUAACCUUAAAUAAAACUGAGGCUCAGAGAAAAUAUCCAACCGCAUAUAAACACAGAGCCAAUAAGAACCUUUCCUUUCCCAAGUUCUCUGCCAAUUUAAAUCUAUUAAAGAAGCAAUCUAUUAAUGAGGCACAGUUGGGAGACUUGCCAAGGGAUGAUGGAGCCAAAGUGGCUGGUGGGAAGAAAUUCAACUUUUCUGAAAGCCAUGUUGUGAUUAUAACAAAGGAAGAGGAGCUAAAGACAAACACCAAACAGAUCCCUCAUCCUAAAAUGAAAACUGUAUUUCCUUUCAUAUUGGGUGAAGGACAAAGAAAACACAUUUCCAAGAACAGAAGUGAGGCAUCCUUCUCUUCACUAGCUCAACAGAGAGCAACAGUGUCUCAAACUAAUCACAUCUUAGCUGGAGGACUAAAGUCAGCAAAAAUCAGCUUAAAUCCCAAGGUCCAGCAGGAAGAACUCAAUCAAAGGCAUACAAAAGCCCUUUCACCUAAAGAUAGCAAAAUGCACCAAGUAUUAAGGAUUGAUCUGACACUUUCUCCAAGGGAUCCCAAAGCCCCAGGGCAGUUUGGACGUCCUGUGGCUGUGCCCCAGGGAAAGGAGAAGGAGGCAGAAAGAAGAUGGAAAGAAGGAAACUUCAAUGUCUACCUCAGCGAUUUGAUCCCAGUGGACAGAGCCAUUGAAGACACAAGACCUGUUGGGUGUGCAAAGCAGCUGGUUCACAAUAAUCUCCCAACCACCAGUGUCAUCAUGUGCUUUGUGGAUGAGGUGUGGUCCACUCUCCUGAGGUCUGUUCACAGUGUCCUCAAUCGCUCUCCUCCACAUCUCAUCAAGGAGAUUCUGCUGGUCGAUGAUUGUAGCUCCAAAGAUUACCUAAAAGAUAAUUUGGAUAAAUACAUGUCUCAGUUUCCAAAAGUUCGGAUUCUUCGCCUCAAAGAGAGACACGGCUUAAUACGAGCCAGACUGGCAGGGGCACGGAUUGCAACAGGUGAUGUGUUGACAUUCUUAGAUUCUCAUGUGGAAUGUAACAUUGGUUGGUUGGAACCUCUUCUGGAAAGAGUUUAUUUAAGUAGAAAAAAAGUAGCCUGUCCAGUAAUUGAAGUCAUCAAUGAUAAGGAUAUGAGUUACAUGACAGUGGACAACUUUCAAAGAGGCGUCUUUGUGUGGCCCUUGAACUUUGCUUGGAGAACAAUUCCUCCAGAUGUUAUUGCAAAAAACAACAUUAAAGAAACUGAUGUAAUAAGGUGCCCUGUCAUGGCAGGUGGAUUGUUCUCUAUUGAUAAAAAUUACUUUUAUGAACUUGGAACAUAUGACCCUGGGCUUGAUGUUUGGGGUGGAGAAAAUAUGGAGCUGUCAUUCAAGGUGUGGAUGUGUGGUGGCGAAAUUGAGAUCAUUCCCUGUUCCAGAGUGGGCCAUAUUUUCAGAGGUGAUAACCCAUAUUCCUUCCCCAAAGACCGGAUGAAGACAGUGGAGCGGAACUUGGUGCGGGUGGCCGAGGUCUGGCUUGACGAGUACAAGGAGCUGUUCUAUGGCCACGAGGAAAACCUCAUAGAACAAGGGCUAGAUGUUGGAAACCUCACCCAACAACGGGAACUUCGAAAGAAACUAAACUGCAAAAGUUUCAAAUGGUACCUGGAGAAUGUGUUUCCUGACUUGAAGGCUCCCAUUGUGAGAGCUGGCGGUGUGCUUAUUAACAUGGCCUUGGGUAAAUGCCUUUCCAUUGAAAAUACCACAGCCAUUCUGGAAGACUGUGACGGGAGCAGCAAGCUUCAACAGUUUAAUUACACCUGGUUAAGACUUAUUAAACAUGGAGAACGGUGCUUGGCUCCCGUCCCUGAGCAGGGAGCCUUGAGGCUGCUCCUUUGUGAUAACAGAAACAAAGGGCUGAAAUGGGUACACAAGUCAGCAUCAGCCUUUCAGUCAGAACUGGUGGAUCACAUUGUUUUUGGAAACUAUCAUGAGUUGUUAUGCUUGGAAGGAAAUUUUUCUCAGAAAACCCUGAAAGUUGCUGCUUGUGACCCAAAGAAGCCAUAUCAAAAGUGGAAAUUCGAAAACAAUUUUGAAGUCUGA